ACACGAAGAAAAUGACGUUUUCAACCAAGGGUUUCCAUUGGUUGUGAUUUAUAUAUCCCACAAUGCACCGCUCUGCUACUUCCUUUUCUUUUCGGCCAUUUUCGUCCCCAACGGGAGGUAGGCAACCAUGGCACCCAGCCGAAAUGGCAUGAUAUUGACCCCCCACUUCCACAAAGAUUGGCAGAAGAGAGUGCGAACAUGGUUCAACCAGCCAGCCAGGAAACAACGCAGACGUAAGGCUCGUCUGGCAAAGGCUCGCCGUAUCGCACCUCGUCCCGUCGCCGGACCCCUGCGACCAGCAGUGAAGUGUCCCACCAUCAGAUACCACACCAAGGCACGGGCUGGACGUGGGUUCUCCCUGGAGGAGCUGAAGGCUGCCGGCAUCAACAAGAAGGUGGCCCGCACCGUCGGCAUCGCCGUGGACCACCGCCGCCGCAACAGAUCCACAGAGUCCCUGCAGCUCAACGUACAGAGGCUGAAGGAGUACCGCUCCAAGCUCAUCGUCUUCCCCAGGAAGGCCUCCGCACCCAAGAAGGGCGACAGCACUGCAGAGGAGUGCAAGAUGGCCACUCAGCUUGCUGGACCCAUCAUGCCCAUCAAGAACGUGCACAAGAAGGAGAAGGCCCGCGUCAUCACAGAGGACGAGAAGAAGUUCAAGGCUUUCGCCAGCCUGCGUAUGGCUCGCGCCAACGCCCGCCUGUUUGGCAUCCGCGCCAAGAGGGCAAAGGAGGCAGCCGAGCAGGAUGUGGAGAAGAAGAAAUAAGAACUUUUGUUUGUAUGAGGCUCAAAAUAAAAAACUGUCAAAAGAA